UCCUUCCAAGCAAUGGGACUAACUCUGUUCUUCGGGCAGUGAGUGGGACCGGAUUGGGGCAGGAAACUCUUUCCUUUUCUCUGGAAGAAAACAAUCUGUGAGGAUACUUAAGGAUGUACUACACAGACAUGUCUUCUAUCUCCGCUUUCUUCAUAGGACUUAUGUGCUUGACAGCUUUCAGCAACUUUGCUAAGACUUCUGCAGACUUCUCAGGUUACUUAUCACAAGUACUAAAGAAUUACACUGACCAUGCCUGUGAUGGAGAGUAUGUCUCCCUGAGAUGUCCUCACAGAACCACCAUCAGCAUCCAAUCCUCUUUUUAUGGCCGGAUUGUACCAAGUCAUCAGAUGUGUCCUUCUCGUGAUCCCCACUCCUUUGCAACUUUAAUUAAAGAAGAUGUUGCCUGUUCAGUUGGCACUUCCCUUCAGAAGAUGCUGGAUGAGUGCCAGGACAGGCGGAGCUGCCAGUUUCUCAUCAAUAGCCGACUGUUCGGUGCAGAUCCGUGCCCUGGAACCGGCAAGUACCUCAUCGUGUGGUACAAGUGCAGGCCAAAUGAAUACAAGAGUAAAGUGGCCUGUGAAGAUGACAAGCUGCGGUUGAGCUGUAAGAAGAGCAUGGUGAUAGCCAUUUACUCUGCUGUUUUCGGAAGGACACCAGGAGACAGCCUGGAGUGCCCAUACCAAAACCUAGGGAUGCCCAUGAUAGAGUGUCAGUCAGCUACUGCUCUCCAACUCAUGAUCAAGCGCUGUCACGGGAAAAGAAGCUGCAGCAUAUAUGCCAGCACCUAUGAAUUUGGAGAUCCUUGCUACCCAGGCAUCCGAAAACAUCUUAAUGUCAUCUACACCUGUGUUCCCAGGAAGCUUCUGCAUGAAAGCCAGCCAAGACCAACCAAUUACCAAGGAUUUCAGAAGCCACAUUUUCCACUGCGGCCAAGAGAGUUUGAUCCCAAUGUUAUAGGGGAUGGUGUGUUCCUUCCUGACAUCUCCCCUUCCAGCAUAGGACGAGCUCUCCCAGCAGAGAAGAAGAAAGGGAGAGCAGCCACCUUCUACCCUGUAGCCAACACCCCCUUCCUGAUUCCUGUGGAUGAGACACAACUGCCGGCACUCAACAGCAGCAUGGAGCCUGUGGGCGUUAGCACAGAGAUGGCUUUGCUCAGCAACAUCCUAGCAGCAUAUGCCUUUAUCACAGAAAACCCAGAGCGGGCUGCUCUCUAUUUUGUCUCUGGUGUGUGCAUUGGACUCGUCUUGACCCUGCUGGCUCUGGUGCUAAGGGUGUCCUGCCGAACUGACUGCAAACGCUCCUCCACGAAGAAACCUCCUCGGGAGCGGGAGAGUGACAGUGACAGCAGUGACAGCGAUGAUGAUUCGGACACCACUUCGGACCUGUCAGCCCGCAGGCACCGCAGGUUCGAGAGGACUUUGAACAUGAAUGUCUUCACGUCGGCAGAGGAGCUGGAGCGCGCUCAGCGGCUGGAGGAGCGGGAGCGCAUCAUCCGGGAGAUCUGGAUGAACGGCCAGCCGGACAUCCCAGGGACCAGGAGCCUCAACCGCUACUACUGAGCGAUGGGGAGUCCCACCACCCCGCCCUGCACCCCGGGCCUCCUGAUUGAGGAGAGGGAGGGAAGCAAUAUUUUGUGGGUGUCUCCCCUUUUCCUUUCAGGCAUGCUACCUGGAGCAGUGCGGAUGGACAGCAGUAAAGCUUUCCCCAUCUCCUUCUCCCUGACAUAUUUUUAUCAGCCUUCUUCACAGACACUUUCUGGUUUCAACUGAGGUGGUUGCCAACUUCAUUUCUUAGUAACAGGAAGGAAGGUGACAAUUACAUUCCUCCCAUGUGGGACAUGGAGUUUGGCAUACUAUGGUACAAGUGCUCCUCUCUUGUCUGGAGAGAGAAGUUGUCCCAGGUUUUGGUGUUCAUUUAGGAUUUUUUGUUUUCCCUUUCCUGAGGACUGUGGGAGAAUUGUGAAUAAAAUAACAAAUCUGGAAAGAUGAUCUGGGAAGAAAGGGGGAGACGCAUCCUGACCGAUUGUCUUGUGACUUCAGAAGCCAUGAGAGUAACCUAAUUAAAACCCAGCGGCAAAUACGACUUGUUAAGAACGGAGGGAUGGGAGGGAGGGGGAUUCUUCCAUCGUGAAAUCAUCUCGGUGCUUGGAUGUUUGCCAUAGUGUAUUCAGUUAUUUAUGGCUGUCUUUUCAUCUUGCUUUUCAAUGGGAACAUAUUUUUUUUUGUUGUUGUUUUUAACUGACACCUCAGGGA